AUGAUUCUACGUUUUAAAAGUGUAAAAUUGUACUUUGGGCGGGGGAAUAGCAAGUGGAAGGGUGUUCCAAAGUUUGGCAGUUCGGGGAAAAAAGAAGAUCGAAGAGGAGAGUUGGGUCCGCACGAUCGUGUGGUCGUUCACAGUGUGACCAUUGCCCGAGAUGGGGGAAUCCUUGACUGGGACGAUCUAGUGCGCGAUGUGUUGGAUGAUCGUGAAUUGGUAAUUGACCAGUUAACUUCUGUUGCACGCAUUUUUGUCGGACUGAUCCAGGUCAUGAUGAUGAUGAUGAUGAUGAUGAUGAUGAUGAUGAUGAUGAUGAUGAUGAUGAUGAUGAUGAUGAUGAUGAUGNNUCGCGUCAAAGUGACUGCACACUACUCUAUUGCUACUCUGGCUGUGGAGAACACUGGCGGCACUCCUGGUCCAUUGUCCACCGAAGUGAAUUCAGAUCCAUUAUUUCGUCCGAUUUGCACUCCCCUGGUUGUGGAUCUGUGUUCGGACAGUGGGGCCGGUGGAUCAACACAAAGUGGUCCCCAGUCGAACGAAGCUAGCGGGAGUGGAGAAAGCGCAGUGAUUAGUGCCGCAGCUUCCCAAGCCACAUCCAAUGCUGUUGGACCACCGUCAGCACCACCAGGACAUCACGAUCUCAUCGGUCCGGAUGGGCUGGCUAUCGGAGAUGGCAGUACCAGUGCGAGUAGCAGCAGUCUCAGUUUGAAUGUGAGCAGCGGGAGUUGUUGUGUACCACCAGGACAAUCCGGAUGGUCAGCUGGUGCUCCCGCAAACAGCAACGAGCCACUGUUUCACGGUCCUCGUAACUCGAGAUUCUCAGGGGGAACCUAUUGUAGUAGUCAGCUACCUGAUGUGUCCAUAUGCUCCUGCAAAUCGAAUGGGUAA